GCGAUGUUGGGGCGAAGCAAUGGAGAGUCAUCAGCACGGAAGAAGGAGGAGGAUGAAGUUCAGAACAGACAUAGAUUGAUCCCCUUUGGACGCAAAAUCUAUGAGUUCUACAAUGCACCAAUUGUUAAAUUUUGGUUCUAUACUAUGUCAUACAUUGGGUACCUGAUGCUAUUUAAUUAUAUUGUUUUGGUGAAGAUGGAUCGUUGGCCUUCCAUGCAAGAAUGGAUAGUUAUCUCAUACAUAUUUACAAUGGGAAUAGAAAAGAUGAGAGAGAUAUUAAUGUCAGAACCUGGGAAGCUACUGCAGAAGGUGAAGGUGUGGCUCCAAGAGUACUGGAACGUUACCGAUCUUAUUGCCAUCCUCUUAUUCUCGGUGGGCAUGGUACUUCGCCUCCAGGAUCUGCCACUCAGGAGUGAUGGUCGUGUCAUAUACUGUGUCAACAUUAUUUACUGGUAUAUCCGAUUGUUAGACAUCUUCGGGGUGAACAAAUAUUUGGGGCCAUAUGUAAUGAUGAUUGGGAAAAUGAUGAUAGACAUGAUGUAUUUUGUCAUUAUUAUGUUGGUGGUUCUGAUGAGCUUUGGUGUUGCAAGGCAGGCAAUUCUCUUCCCCAAUGAAGAGCCUUCAUGGAAACUGGCAAAAAAUAUUUUUUAUAUGCCAUAUUGGAUGAUCUAUGGGGAAGUUUUUGCAGACCAGAUAGACCGUAAGCAAGUUUAUGAUUCUCAUACUCCAAAGUCAGCUCCUUGUGGUCAAAAUGAAACAAGAGAGGAUGGUAAAAUAAUUCAACUUCCUCCCUGCAAAACAGGAGCAUGGAUCGUUCCUGCCAUAAUGGCUUGCUAUCUUUUGGUUGCAAACAUCCUUCUGGUGAACUUGCUGAUUGCAGUUUUUAACAACACAUUUUUUGAAGUUAAGUCUAUAUCAAACCAGGUAUGGAAGUUUCAGAGAUAUCAACUUAUUAUGACUUUCCAUGAAAAACCAGUCUUACCUCCACCACUAAUCAUCUUCAGUCACAUGACCAUGAUAUUUCAACACAUAUGCUGUAGAUGGCGGAAACAUGACAGCGAUCCAGAUGAAGCAGAUUAUGGGCUGAAACUUUUUAUAACAGAUGAUGAAUUGAAGAAGGUUCAUGAUUUUGAAGAACAAUGCAUAGAAGAAUAUUUCAGAGAGAAAGAUGAUAGAUUUAACUCUUCCAAUGAUGAGAGAAUCCGUGUAACUUCUGAAAGGGUAGAGAAUAUGGCAAUGCGAUUAGAGGAAGUGAAUGAACGAGAGCACUGCAUGAAGGCCUCACUUCAGACUGUAGAUAUACGGCUUGCUCAGCUGGAAGAUAUGAUUGGGCGAAUGGCCACAGCAUUAGACAAAAUUACUGGCCUAGACAGAGGAGAGGCCAGUAAGAUACGGUCUCGAACAUCUUCUGACUGUACUGACACAGCUUACAUUGUGAGGCAAAGUAGUUUCAACAGCCAGGAAGGGAACACUUACAAACUUCAAGAGAGUAUUGAUCCCACAGGGGAAGAAUCAAUGUCCCCCACCUCUCCAACAUUAACACCUCGACUACGAAGUCACUCUUUCUAUGCGGUGAAUAUGAAGGACAAGGGUGGGCUUGAGAAAUUUGAAAGUAUUUUGAAAGAGCGGUCUCUGAGCCUUCAUCGUGCCACUAGCUCUCACUCAAUCUCAAAAGAACCAAAAGUCUCUUUGGUGCCUGUAAGCACUUUGUCUAUUGCCCCAGAUUCUCGGAGGCCUUCCUCUUGCAUUGAUAUUUAUGUCUCUGCCAUGGACGAGCUGCAGUCUGGAAUAGAACCUCUGGACAGUUCAAUGAACAUCCUUGGGACUGGAGACCCCACACUUCAAGCUCAGAUAGCUUCCAGUGUUCUCUCAAGUAGUGCUUAUGUCAGUGGUACCUCUGGUGAUAGGAUAUCAGGCAGAAGUAUUGAGUAUGAAGACCCCUCUUCAAUGGAAACAAGGGUGUUUUCUUCAGAUUAUUCACAAAUCACAGACAGCCAAAACCCCUGGGAACUGGAUCCUCCCCUGUAUCAUACCUUAGAGCGUUCUAAAAGUAGUCGAUACCUGGCUACAACCCCCUUUAUUUUGGAAGAGGCACCUAUAGUAAAAUCUCACAGUUUUAUGUUCUCUCCUUCCCGGAGCUAUUUCAGCAGCCUUGGAGUACCAGUCAAAACAGCAGAGUACACUAGCAUUACUGACUGCAUAGACACAAGGUGUGUCAGUGCUCCUCAAACCAUUGCAGAAAGGUCCAGUUUUCCUGGAAUUCAUGGAGAUAAGAUGGAUGACUUGGGAUGCUGCCAUCCAGAGAGGGAAGCAGAACUAAGUCACCCAAGUUCUGACAAUGAGGAUACUGAAGCCAAAGACAAAAAAACAGUUUCCUUGUCACCUCAAGACAGCAAUACAUCUAGAACAUUGUCUAACAAUAUUCCACUUCCUAAAAUAGAGCGGGCCAAUAGCUAUUCUGCAGAUGAAUCCAACUUACUCUAUGUUCACACACGGAAAAGCUACUCCAUCAGUGACAAACUUGAUAGGCAGCGCAAUGCAGCUAGCCUUCGAAAUACAUUUCAGAGGAGCAAGUCAUCCAAACCGGAAAGUAGGGGAGACACCUUGUCAAUGAGAAGACUCUCUAGAACAGGUGCAUUCCGUAGCUUUGAGAGCAAGUAUUGCUAG